AUGAAUGAGAAUUCAGAGCUUCUACUUCGUCAUAUCCUCGAUGCUCCAUACCCCAGAGACUCGCAGCAUUCCUACUUCUCACCAAUGAAUCUGCUGGCCACGAAAAAGUCUGCAGACGAGGAAAACUUUGACAAGAUGAAAGCAGCCUACGAUGCCUGCCUUGAUGAAGACAAAGUCAGGAAUCUUGGCACCGGUCCGCUACUCCAAGUACUUGACGAAAUCAAGAAAACCUAUCCGGUCGAUGAUUCUGCAAACCUCGAGGAUGCCAUCCUUCUUCUUGCAAAGUAUGGAGUAUCUGCUUUGGUCACUGCAGGGACGGGCGCAGAUGAUCGUGAUCCAGACACAGUCGUCGUUUCUGUUUCAGCACCUUGGAGCUUUGGUUUGCCAUCCAAGGAGCGCUAUGAGGACGAGAAGCUUGUUGAAAAAUAUCGCGCCGUUGUCGUUGAAGUACUCGAUAGCAUUUAUCCCGAAGAGUACAAGGACGCAUAUUCCAAGGUCAUUGACCUGGAGAAGAAGCUUGCAGCCGCUUCGCCUCCUACUGAGGACCGGGAAGACGUUACCAAAUACUACAAUCCAAUGCCUAUCGACGAAGCGGCGAAUCUAACCACUCAAGUCAAUCUCAAGUCCUUGAUCCAGGGUCUCACGCCUGGCAACGUUGACGUUGGAAGAGUCAUCGUUAUGACGCCAGACUACCAGAAAGAGUUGUCAUCGAUCAUAUCCGAAACAGAAGCCAAGGUACUUCAGAGCUACUUCAUCUGGAAAGCUGUUCAGUCAUUCUCCGGGUACAUCGAAGCGGACGCUAUCAAGCCUUACAAAAGGUUCACCAAUGAGCUCGUUGGCAAGGACCCUGAUUCCACCCCCGAACGAUGGCGCAGAUGUGUCGGCCAUAUUGACGACGGCCUGGGUUGGUUCCUGAGUCGUUUCUUUGUCGAGAAGGCUUUCUCGGCCGAGGCUAAAGAAUUCGGUGAUACCAUCAUCAACGACAUCAAGGCCGAAUUUGCCAAGAAGCUCAAAGCUGCCACAUGGGUAGACAAGGCGACGAGCAAGAAGGCGAUUGAUAAAGUACACAACAUUGUUCAGAAGAUCGGAUAUCCUACGAAAAGCCCAGACAUCAUGGAUCCUUCCGACUUGAAGGAAUAUUACAGCUCGGUCAACAUCUCUACGGACACUUUCUUUGCCAACGCUCUCUCGGUGCGACAGUUUGCCGUAGGUGACGGAUGGUCUGCCCUUGGCAAGCCUGUAGACCGCGACCAGUGGGGCAUGACCGUUCCGACAGUCAAUGCCUACUACAACCCACCAGGCAAUGAAAUCGUCUUUCCUGCCGGAAUCAUGCAAUUCCCCGUCUUCGACGUCGAUGUCCCUGCCUACAUGUCAUAUGGCGCGUUCGGGUCUGUGGCUGGCCAUGAGCUGAGUCACGCCUUCGACUCGACAGGCCGACACUAUGACCAAAUUGGUAACUAUACGGAUUGGUGGUCAAACGAUACAGUCAAGGCAUUUGAAAAGCGUGCUGAGUGCUUUGUCGACCAGUACGCUAACUACACCGUUCCAGGACCAGAUGACAAACCCCUCCACGUCAAUGGACGUCUCACACUUGGUGAAAACAUUGCCGAUGCAGGCGGCUUGUCGGCGUCUUUCCAAGCAUGGAAGCGACGCGCCCAUAAGAAGCCCAACCAGGACCUUCCGGGCUUAGACCAUUUUACGCAGGAUCAGCUCUUCUUCGUCACAUACUCGAACUGGUGGUGCGGCAAGACACGCAUGGAGACUGCGAUUCAGCGCAUAUACACCGAUCCUCAUGCACCCAAAUGGGCGCGCAUUCUAGGGACUAUGGCAAACAGCCGCGAGUUUAGGGAGAGCUUCAAGUGCAAGGAGAAGAAGCCAACAUGUCAGUUGUGGUAG